AAAAAAAAAAUAGCGAUUAAUCGCAGAUUAAUCCCGAUUUUUACAACACUAUCAUAACCAGUUAACAACAACCAAACCUGUCUUCAUGGCUGCCGAAACAAUCACCAUCUCACCACCACAAACCACCCAGUUCCCUCUCCAAGACCGUGUCGCCAUCGUCACCGGCGGCUCUCGUGGCAUCGGCAAAGCCAUCUCUCUCCACCUCGCAUCCCUCGGCGCAAAACUCGUAAUCAAUUACAACUCUAACUCCACUCAAGCCAAUCUAGUCGUAUCCGAAAUCAACUCCAAAUCCCAAUCCCAAUCAGCAAUCUCAGUCAAAGCGGAUGUUUCCGAUGUAAAUCAAGUCAAAUACCUAUUCGAUGCAGCUCAAGCCGCAUUCGAUUCACCGGUGCACAUUCUUGUCAACGCCGCGGGUGUUGCAGACGCCACAUACAGCUCAAUCUCCAACUCUAGCAUCGACGAAUUCGAUAAAAUAUUCGCGGUUAACACCAGAGGCGCGUACUUAUGCUGCAAGGAGGCUGCGAACCUGCUGAAACAAGGUGGCGGAGGGAGGAUUAUUUGUCUAACGACGUCGUUGGUGGCGGCUUUGAGACCCGGGUAUGGGGCGUAUACGGCGUCUAAAGCCGCGGUGGAGGCUAUGGUGAAGAUUCUUGCAAAGGAGUUGAAAGGGACAAAGAUUACCGCGAAUUGUGUCGCGCCUGGGCCGAUCGCGACCGAGUUGUUUUAUGAUGGGAAAAGUGAGGAGAUGGUUAAUAAGUUGGUUGAGCAGAUUCCCUUGGCGCGAUUAGGGGUGCCGGAGGAUGUUGCUCCGUUGGUUGGGUUCUUGGCGAGUGAUGCGGGAGAGUGGGUUAAUGGUCAGAUUGUUCGUGUUAACGGUGGAUUUGUGUGAUUGUAGACUUGAUUAAACGUUUGAGUGUAUUGUUUUGGGGUUAAGAGUUUUUUUGACGUGUUUAGACAUGUUUAUUUGUAUUUUGUUUCAUUGUUAGUUUGAUGCACUUUUGUUUUGUGUUCCAAUAAGACCCUUUUGACAUAUUUGAUUA